GUGCGAUGGGCUCCCAUCCCUCGAUAUAUAAAAGGCACAGCAAACCUCCACCAAGGACAGGCACCCAGCAAAGAAGUCUGCAUCAAAAUCUGUCAGAGAAAAGCCCUGGUGUCCUCCAAGUAAAGGGUCACCAUGAGUACGGACGCAGAAAUGGAGUGUUUUGGCCCGGCGGCCCUUUACCUCCGGAAGCCAGAAAGAGAGAGAAUUGAAGCUCAAACCACUCCCUUUGAUGCUAAAACAGCGUACUUUGUGACUGAGCCCAAAGAGAUGUACCUCAAGGGGAAACUUACUAAGAGAGAGGGCGGCAAAGUCACCGUGGAGACUCUCUGUGGGAAGACCCUCACUGUAAAAGAAGAUGAAAUCUUCCCCAUGAAUCCUCCAAAGUAUGAUAAGAUUGAGGACAUGGCCAUGAUGACCCACCUCAGUGAGCCUUCCGUGCUGUAUAACCUCAAAGAGCGCUAUGCAGCAUGGAUGAUCUACACUUAUUCAGGGCUGUUCUGCGUGACUGUGAACCCCUACAAGUGGCUCCCAGUGUAUGACUCAGUGGUUGUCUCAGCAUACAGAGGCAAAAAGAGGGUUGAGGCUCCACCCCACAUCUUCUCCAUCUCAGACAAUGCCUAUCAGUUCAUGCUCCAAGAUAGAGAAAAUCAGUCAAUCCUGAUUACUGGAGAAUCCGGUGCAGGAAAGACUGUCAACACCAAACGUGUCAUCCAGUACUUUGCGACAAUCGCAGUGUCUGGAGGAAAGAAAUCAGAACACGUUACUGGCAAGAUGAAGGGGUCACUGGAAGAUCAAAUCAUUGCAGCAAACCCACUUUUGGAAGCUUAUGGUAACGCCAAGACUGUGAGGAAUGACAAUUCUUCACGUUUUGGAAAAUUUAUCAGAAUUCACUUUGGGUCAACUGGAAAGCUGGCUUCAGCUGAUAUUGAAACAUAUCUGCUGGAGAAGUCUCGAGUGACGUUCCAGCUGUCUGCUGAGAGGAGCUACCACAUCUUCUAUCAGCUCAUGACAGGCCACAAACCUGAGCUAAUAGAGGCUCUCCUGAUCUCCAAAAAUCCAUAUGACUAUCCCAUGAUCAGUCAUGGUGAAAUCACUGUCAAGAGUAUUGAUGACGUUGAGGAGUUCAUUGCCACUGAUACUGCUAUUGACAUCCUGGGCUUCACUGCAGACGAGAAGGCAUGCAUUUACAAGCUGACUGGAGCUGUGAUGCAUCAUGGAAACAUGAAGUUUAAGCAGAAGCAGCGUGAAGAGCAGGCUGAGCCCGAUGGCAAUGAGGAGGCAGAUAAAAUCGCUUACCUCAUGGGUCUGAACUCUGCUGAUUUGCUAAAAGCACUGUGCUACCCCAGAGUGAAGGUUGGGAAUGAGUAUGUGACCAAAGGUCAAACUGUCCCUCAGGUCAACAAUUCCGUCAUGGCUCUCUGCAAGUCUGUCUAUGAGAAAAUGUUCUUGUGGAUGGUCGUCAGAAUCAAUGAGAUGCUGGACACAAAGCAGCCCAGAAGCUUUUUCAUCGGUGUCCUGGAUAUUGCUGGGUUUGAAAUUUUUGAUUACAACAGCUUGGAGCAGCUUUGCAUCAACUUCACCAAUGAAAAACUGCAACAGUUUUUCAACCACCACAUGUUCGUCCUGGAGCAAGAAGAGUACAAGAAAGAGGGAAUUGAAUGGGAAUUCAUUGACUUUGGCAUGGACUUGGCUGCCUGCAUUGAGCUUAUAGAGAAGCCAAUGGGCAUCUUCUCCAUCCUUGAAGAGGAGUGCAUGUUCCCUAAGGCUACAGACAUCACCUUCAAGAACAAACUGUAUGACCAGCAUCUUGGUAAAAGUGCCCCCUUCCAGAAACCCAAACCUACAAAAGGCAAAGCUGAGGCCCAUUUCGCCCUGAUGCACUACGCUGGCACUGUUGAUUACAAUGUUACUGGCUGGCUGGAUAAGAACAAAGACCCCCUGAACGACUCAGUGGUUCAGCUCUACCAGAAGUCUUCAGUGAAGCUGUUGGCUCACCUCUAUGCAUCACAUGCCUCAACAGAAGCUGAAGGUGGUGCGAAAAAAGGCGGCAAAAAAAAGGGUGGGUCUUUUCAGACCGUAUCUGCUCUGUUCAGGGAGAAUUUAGGCAAGUUGAUGACCAACUUAAGGAGCACUCAUCCUCAUUUUGUACGUUGUUUGAUUCCAAAUGAAUCAAAGACUCCUGGUCUCAUGGAGAAUUUCCUGGUCAUCCAUCAGCUGAGGUGUAAUGGUGUGCUGGAAGGUAUCAGGAUCUGCAGAAAGGGCUUCCCCAGCAGAGUCCUCUAUGGUGACUUCAAGCAGAGAUACAAAGUAUUGAAUGCCAGUGUCAUUCCUGAGGGACAAUUCAUCGACAACAAAAAGGCCUCAGAGAAACUCUUGGGCUCUAUUAAUGUUGACAGUACUCAGUACAAAUUUGGACACACAAAGGUGUUCUUCAAAGCUGGUCUGCUGGGAACUCUGGAGGAGAUGAGAGAUGACAAACUUGCUAUCCUGGUCACAAUGACUCAGGCUCUCUGCAGAGGUUUCCUCAUGAGGAGAGAGUUUGUCAAGAUGAUGGAGCGCAGGGAGGCAAUUUAUUCUAUUCAGUACAACAUCCGCUCAUUCAUGAAUGUCAAAACCUGGCCAUGGAUGAAGCUAUACUUCAAGAUUAAGCCUCUGCUGAAGAGUGCAGAGACUGAAAAAGAGAUGGCGCAAAUGAAAGAGGACUUUGAAAAGACCAAAGAGGAGCUAGCAAAGGCUCUGGCUAAGAAGAAAGAACUGGAGGAGAAGAUGGUUUCUCUGCUGCAAGAGAAGAAUGACCUGUUGUUGCAAGUGCAAUCUGAAAGUGAAAACCUCAGUGAUGCAGAGGAAAGGUGUGAGGGGCUCAUUAAAGCAAAAAUCCAGCUUGAGGCUAAAGUCAAAGAGACGGCUGAGAGACUGGAGGAUGAGGAAGAGGUCAAUGCUGAGCUGACUGCAAAGAAGAGGAAACUGGAGGACGAGUGCUCUGAGUUGAAGAAAGACAUUGAUGACUUGGAGCUCACCCUGGCCAAAGUGGAAAAGGAGAAACAUGCCACUGAGAACAAGGUUAAAAACCUGGUGGAGGAAAUGACAUCUCAAGAUGAGACCAUUGUCAAGUUGACCAAAGAGAAGAAAGCCCUCCAAGAGGCCCAUCAGCAGACCCUUGAUGAUCUGCAGGCAGAGGAAGACAAAGUCAACACUCUGACAAAGGCCAAGACCAAGCUGGAGCAGCAAGUGGAUGACCUUGAAGGUUCCCUGGAGCAAGAAAAGAAGAUCCGUAUGGAUCUUGAGCGAGCUAAAAGAAAGCUUGAAGGGGAUCUGAAACUGGCCCAUGAAUCCAUAAUGGAUCUGGAGAAUGACAAGCAGCAGUCGGAGGAAAAAAUAAAGAAGAAGGACUUUGAAACAAGCCAGCUUCUUAGCAAGAUUGAGGAUGAGCAAUUACUUUCUGCUCAGCUUCAGAAAAAGAUCAAAGAACUUCAGGCUCGUAUUGAGGAGCUGGAAGAAGAGAUUGAGGCUGAGCGGGCUGCUCGGGCCAAGGUGGAGAAGCAGAGGUCUGAUCUCUCCAGGGAACUUGAGGAGAUCAGCGAGAGGUUGGAAGAAGCUGGUGGAGCAACGUCUGUUCAGAUUGAGAUGAACAAAAAGCGGGAGGCAGAGUUUCAGAAGCUGCGUCGGGAUCUCGAAGAGUCCACCCUGCAGCAUGAGGCCACCGCUGCAGCUCUCCGCAAGAAGCAGGCUGACAGUGUGGCAGAGCUGGGAGAACAGAUUGAUAACCUCCAGAGAGUCAAACAGAAGCUGGAGAAAGAGAAAAGCGAAUACAAGAUGGAGAUCGAUGACCUCAGCAGCAAUAUGGAGACUGUCUCGAAAUCGAAGACCAAUUUGGAGAAACUGUGUCGUACUCUUGAGGAUCAACUGAGUGAGCUGAGGACCAAAAAUGAAGAACAUGUGCGACAAUUGAAUGACAUUGGGGUACAAAGGGCAAGACUGCAAACAGAGAAUGGUGAAAUCAGUCGCCAGAUGGAGGAGAAAGAAGCCCUGAUCUCUCAGCUGACAAGGAGCAAGCAGGCUUAUACCCAGCAGAUUGAGGAGUUCAAGAGGCAUGUUGAAGAGGAAGUUAAAGCUAAGAACGCUCUGGCUCAUGCUGUUCAGUCAUCUCGUCAUGACUGCGACCUGCUCAGAGAGCAGUAUGAGGAGGAGCAGGAAGCCAAGUCUGAGCUGCAGCGGGCAAUGUCCAAGGCCAACAGCGAGGUGGCCCAGUGGAGAGCCAAAUACGAGACUGAUGCCAUUCAGCGCACUGAGGAGCUGGAGGAGGCCAAGAAAAAGCUUGCCCAGCGUCUUCAGGAUGCAGAGGAAUCCAUCGAGGCUGUGAAUGCAAAAUGUGCCUCUCUGGAAAAGACAAAACAGAGACUGCUGGGUGAAGUGGAGGACCUGAUGAUCGAUGUGGAGAGAGCUAACGCUCUGGCUGCUAACCUCGACAAGAAGCAAAGGAACUUUGACAAGGUUCUUGCAGAGUGGAAGCAGAAGUAUGAGGAAUGCCAGGCAGAGCUGGAGGGAUCUCUGAAGGAAGCUCGUUCUCUCAGCACUGAGAUGUUCAAGCUGAAAAAUUCAUAUGAAGAAGCUUUGGACCACCUGGAGACCCUGAAGAGGGAGAACAAGAACCUGCAACAGGAGAUCUCAGAUCUAACCGAGCAAAUUGGAGAGAAUGGAAAAACCAUUCAUGAACUGGAGAAAGGGAAAAAAACUCUAGAGACAGAGAAGUGCGAACUCCAGACUUCACUUGAAGAGGCAGAGGCUACCCUGGAGCAUGAGGAAUCCAAGAUUCUCCGCAUUCAGCUUGAACUCACUCAAGUCAAGAGUGAAAUUGACAGGAAAAUCUCAGAGAAGGACGAGGAGAUUGAGCAGAUCAAGAGGAAUAGCCAGAGAGUGAUUGAGUCCAUGCAGACUACUUUGGAUGCCGAGAUCAGGAGCAGGAAUGAUGCCCUGAGAAUCAAGAAGAAGAUGGAGGGAGACCUCAACGAGAUGGAGAUUCAGCUGAGCCACGCCAACCGCCAGGCAGCUGAAGCCCAGAAACAACUGAGAAAUGUGCAGGGACAGCUUAAGGAUGCCCAGCUGCACCUUGACGACGCUAUUAGAAGUCAGGAAGACAUGAAGGAGCAGGUUGCCAUGGUGGAGCGCAGGAACAACCUGAUGCUGGCUGAGAUCGAGGAGCUGAGAGCUGCACUGGAGCAGACGGAGAGAAGCCGCAAAGUGGCUGAACAGGAGCUGGUUGAUGUCAGCGAGCGUGUGGGGCUGCUGCACUCUCAGAAUACCAGCCUCAUCAACACCAAGAAGAAGUUGGAAGGUGACCUUGUCCAGAUCCAAGGUGAAGUGGAAGAUGCUGUCCAGGAAGCAAGAAAUGCUGAAGAAAAGGCCAAGAAGGCCAUCACUGAUGCUGCCAUGAUGGCUGAAGAGCUGAAGAAGGAGCAGGACACCAGUUCUCAUUUGGAGAGGAUGAAGAAGAACCUGGAGUUGACAGUGAAGGACCUGCAGCAUCGCCUUGAUGAAGCUGAGAAUCUGGCCAUGAAGGGCGGCAAGAAGCAGCUCCAGAAACUGGAGGCUAGGGUUCGAGAAUUGGAGGCUGAAGUUGAUGCUGAACAGAGGCGUGGGGCUGAUGCUAUCAAGGGAUUGCGAAAAUAUGAAAGAAGAGUAAAGGAGCUCACCUAUCAGACUGAGGAGGACAAGAAGAAUAUUAUCAGACUUCAGGAUCUGGUGGACAAGCUGCAGCUGAAAGUGAAGGCCUACAAGAGGCAGUCUGAGGAGGCUGAGGAGCAGGCCAAUACUCACCUGUCCAGGUACAGGAAGGUGCAGCAUGAGAUGGAGGAGGCUCAGGAGCGAGCUGACAUCGCAGAGUCCCAGGUCAACAAGCUGAGGGCAAAGAGUCGGGAAAUUGUCAAGACCAAGGAUGCAGAAGAGUGAGGAAGAAAUCAAGGUUAUACAGUAACAAGAAGUCAUAUAAUAUGAGUAUCGUGUUACUUGUUCACUCUAGCAUGUUAAACAUGCUGUGAUAACCAAAAGUCAAUAAAAGGUAGAUAGUUUGUUGCA